AUAAAUUUGAUUUGAUCCAGUAAACUUCAUACCUAAAAAUGCGGCUGGUAAACACCGCAAACAGCGGCGGAGAAGAAAAUCGUACGAAGACGGCGAAAUCCCGGCGAGAAGAAGGUGUAAUUACGGCCGCCGGAGAAGACGAAGAAGGUUGUAGGACAGUGUGUUACUCUCCCGCACGUGUGGUGGUUUAUCGGUUGCUUGCCAUUGCCAGAAAAUGUCGUAGCGGUGGAAGGAGAGAGAAAGUUCAGAUCAGUGACGAAUUUUCGCCGGAGAUUUCGCGGCGGAAGUCCGAUGAUCGCCGGAGAAUCAAUGUUUCAGGACUUCAAAGUCAGGAGAUGAGCUUCAAUUUGGCCGCGGGACUUGGUUUGCUAUCCCUUAUUGCUGCUAGCAAAACUGAGCUCGAUAAAACUGUGGAAUUGCGUAAGCAAAUGGAAGUCUUUUUAGAAAGUUUCAAAGAGGGGAACCAAAGCAAAGGCACAACCCCAAAACCAUCCGAUUCUGAUAAUGCAUAUGCUGUGAGCACUACGAUCGACAACCUUAGUAAUUACUCCGUGGAGGAUCAUGCACUUAGUCAACAAGGAUCUGGAAACACUUGUGCAUGUGCUCUACACUGUGACAUCCAUCAGAAAGAGGAGUUUGUGGAAGGUAUAAAUCACCUUGAGGCAGAAUUAGCUGCUGAAUUAGAUCGAAUGCAGCUUGAUGUAGAUGCAGGAGGGUAUGUAGAGACAGGAGAGUCAUCAGACCUACAACAGGAAGUUACUGAGAUACCCUCUGAAAACACUGCUAUUGGAAGUGUUAGCAUGAGCACUGGAGAAGUUAUUGAUCCCCAGUAUGUUGACAACACAGAGUUUUGUGGUGUUCCUCCUCUUGAACUUGAGAGACGAUUACAUGAGGUACUUGAAACAAGACAAGAAGAACGGAUAAAAGAACUCGAAGCUCAUCUAGAACGCAUGACGAAAAAGCUUCAAGAAAAGGAGGUAGAAGUCACUUGGUGGAAAGAUACUGCUAAGCUUAUUUCCAAGCAAGUCCCUGAAUCAUCCCGCGCCAUGAGGUAGGUUUCUGAUUAUAGCUUGUUAACUAUGAUGGAUGAAUUGCAAAAUGAUUGGACCUAUGGCUAAAAUGCUGCUCAUCAAAAGGAUUUUAGCUGUUUGAAAUCCCUGCAGUUUUUGUAAAUAUUAUUCUGCUGUCAAUAUUUGGCUUUUUGCUAGAGUUUCCUAUAUGAAGCUGUUUGAGCAGACCUUGAACUUUUAUUUUUUAGUGACAAAAAUGACUCUAGUAACGCUUGAUUUAUCUCUUAAUUCGGAUUCAUCAAGUAAUCACAGACAUGAUUAUUCUCUACUCUAGUACAGUGUCCUAGAUUUUAGUUUUGAACUCUAGUGCCGGAGCCAAAAAGAGGAGGAGAGUAAAAAGUUGGUGUCCAACUUUUGAACUCCCCCAAAUUGUCCAUAUAAGCUUUAAAAAAAAAAAAAGAAGUAAAUAUAUAUGUCAAAUUACGUCAAUUUCAAACUUUUAUCGGCUUAUGUAAUUUGCCAAAAAUAAAAUCUAUAACCCUUAUCAUCAACCCUUAUUCCCUCUCCUAAUAUAAAUUUCUAAUUAAGCAUUUUUGACAUCACCUGAAAAAUCCCCAAUAAGAUUGACAUAAAAAUAUCUCUAAAAAUGUUAUGCAAAAUAUGUGCUAAUACGAUUAAGAUGGUGGUUGAAAGGAGAUAAGCUGAAGCGUAAAAAAGGAAAACUUG